AUGGCUAUUCUCACAGAGGAGGGCAAUGAGUAUGAAGUGAAGAUCAUCGAUUGUGCAACAAACCAACCAUUCAAAGAAUAUGUUAAGCUGGGAGAUCUAGAAAGUCAUGGUGAUUCGAAAUGCGAGCGUUAUAUUGUCGCGCGGCCGGGUGCCAAGUUCAAGAUCGAAGUCACCCUGAUGUCAGGAUUCUGCUUCGAACCUUUCCAACAGGUUCAAGCUCACUUGUGCUUGGGGAGUUCAGGCGAUAGGCGUGCGGCGUACAUCUUUAGAAAAGAUAAACCAGAAAUUAAUGGCAUUAGUAAGGGUUACAAGGGAUUCAUCGAGUGCGUCAACAUGGCAAGAUAUGGUGAGGAUAUCGUCGGCGCACCUUUCAUCUUUUCUUCUCUUGACGUCGACGAAGAUCUCUCGAAUGAGACUGAUGUCAUCGGCCUUGAUCCAGCCGAUAUUGGCCAUUUUUCUGUCGGACUUUAUCGUCGAACUAUGGAGAAAGAGAAGAUCAAAACAUCAACAAGAAAUUCAACAAAACCUUCAACACAUCUAUGGCAUGCAAAAAAAGUGGACCAGUUGAACUUCAAAAAAUAUGGAGUUGGGUCAAAACAAGACCCGACUGUUGGCCUACAUUUAUACGACUUUGCUUCCACCAGGUUGACAGUUCUCAAUUUCCAAUAUAUGUACCGCACUUCCGAAUUUCUAGAUCAUUUGUACAUCGUUCCAUAUCCGCCAUCGCUUUACUAUACCCCCUGGAAGUCACUUGCAACUACGGAGCGGCAAUGUUCCCUGAAAGAACUACAGAGUCUGAGCAAAGUUCAAGUACAAUUGGCUGUCAAUCAGAAUUUGGUAUAUGCCAGGGAGCCCAGAGAAUGGCGCACUUGGAAUAAUAUGCAGCCAUCAGAGAGGCAGAGUGCUUUUAUGAUGCUGCAGAAAGAUCAAAAGGCUUUUGAAAGAGGAGAGUUCAAACAACAAAUGUCUUGUGUGCCUGCUAAGAAAAUCAUUGUUCUCGACGAUGAUGGCACUGCCCCGCAACCUUCCCAUCCUAGGGCACUAGCAAAAAUCAAACGUGAAGCUCAAGGUCCGCCAAACGCGACCAAGCAGGAAAUUAAAACCUCAUACGGAGUUUUAACACAAAGACCCGGCCCCAAUAUGACUCAGAACUGUAAGAUAAAGAAGGAGCAUGUUGAUCGAGACCAUGUAGAUCUGUCCGCUGAAGAGCCGUUGGCGAAGAGACGAAAGAUCAAGCAGGAGCCAAUGGAUAUGAAUGUGGUUAACAAUGUUAAGAACCAGCAAGAACCAAUGGAUCUUGAUACACUAGAUGAGAUGGCUAUAGUCCUCAAGACGCAAGCAACAAUAAAGUAUGAUCUAACGGAGCUCGAAGAUGCUAUAAUCCUCCCGGAAUCAUCGACGCCAAGAGCUGAUCUUGAGGAAUCAGAUUAUUUGGAGAUGGCGGAAGAAGUAUUGCGACAGACUGCUGAUGAGUUCGUGCGAAUUAGAGGAUAG